AUGCGGUUCCUUCGCGAGGCAGCUUUGAUUGCUGCUGCAGGAAGCUUGGCUUCUGCAUCCAGCUUCAAGAAUGGAUACUACGACUACAUCGUCGUCGGAGGCGGGCCUUCCGGUAUCAUCAGUGCUGAAAGAUUCGUCGAGGCAGGCAAGAAGGUCCUACUCCUUGAGCGAGGGACUGGUCCAACUGUGGCAACGGGUGCCAAUGAUACUCUUUCCUGGAGCAACGAGUUGACGCCGAUCGAUCUUCCUGGUCUUUCUGCUGAUCUCGGUGCCCUUCCCGAGUGGAGCGAGUACAUGUGCUCUGACACUGGAGGUUAUGCUGCUUGCGUUCUUGGCGGUGGCACGACGGUGAACUACAUGGUCUUCGUGCACCCUCCCGAGCACGACUUUGACGACAACAAUAACUGGCCGGCGGGAUGGAAGUGGAAGGAUAUCAAGCCUGCUGCAGAGAGGCUCUACAAGCGGAACCCUGGCACGAUCUUGCCUUCGACUGAUGGCAAGCGCUAUGAUCAGGGUUCCUACACUGUUCUCUCCAAUUUCUUCAACAAGCUCGGCUGGAAGUCGGUUGAUAUGAUCUCUCAGCCCAAUGAGAAGCACCAAGUUUACAGUUAUCCUUCGUGGAAUAUCAAAGACUUGGUUCGUGCUGGCCCAAUUCGCACUUAUCUGCCCAUUGCCCAGAGGAGCAAGAACUUCGACCUGCACUUGGGUAUCAAGGUGCUCCGCGUCGUGCGCGAGGGCUCCCGGGUCACUGGUAUUGAGGUGCAGACCAGCUCUGGCAAGACCGAGAUCAUCACCCUUGCCCACAACGGCCGUGUUGUCCUCGCUGCUGGUGCUCUCUCCACUCCUCGUCUGCUCUUCAACUCUGGCAUUGGCCCCAAGAGCCAGAUCGAGACUGCCAAGAACAGUGGCAUCGCUGUUCCCGCCGAGAAGGAUUGGAUCAACCUUCCUGUCGGCCUUGGAAUCAAGGACCACCCGAUCUUCACCGUCACCGUGCAGACUAACGGCACCUUUGGCAUUCCCGACUACGACAGCAUCGUGAAUGGCAGCGACACCGCCGAUAUCAACCUCUACAAGCAGGGCAGUGGCCUCCUCACCCAGGGCAAGCAUCGCAUGAUCUUCUUCAGCUCCAACGAGGUGAACGGUCAGACUCGGUAUUACCAGGGCUCGUGUGCCCCAGCCGAAGGAUCCGUUGUCCAGAUCAAGGUUUACAUGACCCACGGCCUUACCUCUUCCGGUGUCCUCGGUCUCGACUCGGAGCAGAACACCGUUAUCGAGCAGUCUCCCUACAUGCAGACUGCAGGUGAUCGUCAAGCCAUGCGUGCUUUCAUCCAGCAGCUGGUCAACGACAUCAACGCCCCGUCGUCCGGCUUUGAAUUGACCCAGGGCCUGAACACUUCGUCUAUCCUUGCCUCCCCCACCGCUGGUGACCAUUAUGCCUCCUCUGCCAAGAUGGGCACUGACGAUGGCCGCAAGAACGGUACCUCUGUCGUGGACACUAACGCCAAGGUCUACGGAAUGGACAACCUGUUCAUUGUUGAUGGCAGUAUUCACCCCGACCUUCCCACUGGUAACAUCCAGGCCACUAUCAUGGUCGUUGCCGAGGCGGCUUCAGCCCGGAUUCUUGCCCAGAAAUAG